GGCCGGGCUCUUCCGGGCGCCACCUCUCCCGUUUGGCGGCGGCGAAGGUGGCGGUGUUUUGGGGGUGGGGGAAGUGUUGUCAGCGAGAGAGGCAGCGGCGGCCGCCGGCCGAGGGAGCGAAAGUGAGGAGUAGCGGAGGCCGCACGGCGCGCGUUAUUCCGGUUUGUGGAAACCAGUGGCCCGGGAAAGGAGUGGGGGGUGUCUUUCUCUCGUGGGGAUCAAGCGGGUGGGAGAGUGGCUGCCUCGCCUGCCCGGAACCCCUGCCGAUCCCCGGGGAGGCAUUCCCACGAGCACAUCUCCCGAGUUAUCUAUAUAUUGUCUUUCCCCCGAAUGGCAUCAUAGCCCACCCCCACCAGCAUGUAACUCUUCCCGCUCCCAGUUCCCACGUCUCCCACUUUCUCGCCCCUGCUUUCUGCAAGGGUGGGGGUUUGGAGAGUGGGGGUGCCUUUACGGCCCUCCAGACGUUGCUGGACUACAACUCAAGCCAUCCUGGUUUGUGGUGACUGGGCAUGUAGUCCAACAGCAGCUGGAGGUCACUGGGGUGAAAGUGGGGGCUGGGGCUGCCUUAAGGCCUGGUCAGCACCCGAAGAGGGAACGAGGGGGUCGAAGUUCCGAAGUGGUGGACUUGGACCGCACCAGUUUAACCGGAGAGUGGUGGUGGGUCAUGUUUUAUAUCGCCACUUAGUUCUGCUUUGGGUGCAAUUUGCCUUCCCACACCCCACCUGAGUUCAGGACUAACCUUGUAAUGCUAAACUUGUCUGCUGAGGAAUAAUUCAAUGUUGAAUUCAGUGAGGCUUGCUCCCAGUUAAGUAGACUAGGGUUGUGCAUAAGUGCACAAAGAACAUGUGCAGAGUGCCUUGCUGUUUAGUAAUGAGAAAGCACUUUUACCUAUCGUGGUUAAGAGUGAAGACUGCUUUUCAUUGGAGAAGACUUGUUUGAGCAGUAGGCCCUGUACUUUUUCAUAGGAAGAAUUGUAUACAGUGGUCGCUCCACUCUGUCCUCUUUGGAGAACUGCUCUUCACUUGCUCUCCCCCUCCCCUCUGACUUGGUGGACAAACCACAAGCCCAGGUUCAAACAUAACCCUAAGCCAAACCAUGGCUUAGGCCAGAGCUUUCCAAACUUUUCGUGUUGGUGACACACUUUUUAGACAUGUGUCAUUUCGUGACACAGUAAUUCAGUUUUACUAGCAGAUUAGAGGUUAAAUUAACCCAUUUCCAGCCCUGGGAGCAUUUGCAAGACACACUCAACACAGUGCAGCCGACACACUAAUUUGUCCUCACACACAGUUUGGAAAGCUCUGGCUUAGGCCUAGGUAGUGUGAUCAGGGGAAGGAGUGCUUUGUCUACAAUCUUGGUUCUCAUUCCAAUUUAUGGUUUGCUUUAGCACCAGGGGCGAAACUAGGUUUUACUUCACCUAGGUCAAAGACCCAGUUUGGCACACACCCCAUACACAUUUGUGUAUACACACACACACAAGCUGGGAGCCUCAAUUGCGCCCCUCUGGUGGCUUCACCAGGGGCAAAAAGAUCUGACUAGCCCCCGUAUAGCUACAACACUGCUUAGUGCUAUGGAACUGUUUGUUGCAAAAAUAAAUGCUGGCAAUCUCAUUCACCUGUGAAUAUAUUUUUCCCAUGCUGACCACCAUCUGUGUAUGCAGGAACACUUGUGUCCCAUUGUGAAAACAGAAUAAAGAGAUCCAUCUUUCUCUGAUGGAUUGCCUUCUAUAUUAAUAACCUGCAUGUUUUUACUUAGGCUAAUCAAAAUCUUUUUUUGUUGUCAAAUGCAGAUGGAGAAUACUAGGAAGAGAGUAUAAUGGCAACAGAUGAUGAUGACGAUGGGAUAACGUUUUCUAAUUUAUUGCAUGGUGGUAAGUUUUUUUGUUUGUUAGUUUUAAUCAGAUUAUUUUUACUUAAAAAAUAAAUAAAUGUAGGGAAACUCCAUACCAAGGAAGAAACCCUUAAGAAAAGUUAUAUAUGGACCAGUAUAUGUAGCUCCUUGUACAGCACAGUUGACUGUCAUAUGUUGUGGCAAGAGGUGUUGCUGGUCAUCGGAAGAGAGUUUUCUUCCUGCAUUGCUGAGAGACCCAUCAUAUGGUUUUCUAAGAAUCUGAUCUUUGGGAGCAGAGUUGUACAGACAAACAUUGGAUGCCCUCUUAACUACAAUUUUAGGCUCUGCCCCAUUUCUUCUGGCUUCAUAGAAUAAGAUGGAUACCAUUAUCGAACAAAUAAUAAGGACCUAGAUAUUACUGUUAUGGCUACGUUUGAUGCUGUAUUAUGUUUUUAAUGCAAGAAGUUAUUUCUGACACAAAAAUGGCCUAUUUUUGUCCCUUUUAAUUCUAUAAAACCCACCGCUGAGGCUACAAUUUGAAGGGGGCGAUAGUGCAAGGGGAGAAGAGCUUCUUAUUUCUUUCAUCUCAUAGUGAUUUUCUACUAGAGAUCCUUUCUAGUGUAUUUCUCUUGUAUUUCACCAUUACUGCGUACGUAGACUGGGUGAACUUACAUAUUAUUACUUUAUUCUCUUUAUUUGCAGUUUCUUCUCAAGGAGUAGAUGAUGAUGAGAGUUCAGUGGAUAUUUAUGAUGGAUUAGACAGCUCUCCAGUUAUUUCUGGUAUGUUCAUAGCUUUGUAACCAAUGGCAUUGCUCAGCUGAGAGUAAAGCUCUCUGAAGCAGAUUUAUGAUGGACAUGGGGGUAGGGCUUCAGCGGGAAGGAGGAACCACUGAGAAUUCACUGCUUCCCUUCCUGUUCCACUGACAGAAGCUUUCAGCUGAGUUGGAUACAAUCCAUAGUUAUUUGGUUAUUUAAUUAUACAUUGGAGAAUUUUGUCAUAAAAGGUCCUGUAUAUAUUCAUCCUGCUGUUAGGAUAGAGCAUUUUUGUUUUGGGUUUGUUGCAGAAACAAUAAGUAUCUUUUGCACUUCAGAAUAGGAGUAGUUUGUAUUGACUCUUAAGAGAUGGCUUUGAUAUGUAAUUUGAGUUAGCAGCUGCCACAAAUAGCAUUUUGAUCUAAGUAAAAUUUCUUAGGUGACAAGUUGCAACCAUGGCUUAUUUGGAAGGACUUCAGGGGAGAGAUAAAAUGUGCAGAACCCGUUGCUGUAUCCUGGAACAUCGUAAUACUAUACAUAAUUUAAAAACCUGAUGGAAGUUGUGAAACUGAAACUAACUUUCACAACUUUACAUGGGAGUAAGCCCCCACUAGAUGCCUAGUGCGUCCUGCCCCCCGCCCCCCCGUCCCACAUAGGAAACACUUUUGAAACUGAGAAAAAUAUUCAAAAGCAGUUUGAUGUGGCAUAGGGACCUGCUGUUCGAAAGAAAAAAGCCCUGUUUAGGGAAGUUUUUAAUGACGGAUGUUUUAAUGUACUUUUAACCUUUUGAUGGAAGCCGCCCAGAGUGGCUGGGGAAACCCAGCCAAAUGGGCGGGGUAUAAAUAUUAUUAUUAUUAUUAUUAUUAUUAUUAUUAUUAAAGUAGCUCUUUCGAUCUUAUCUAAUGGAAGAAUGGGUACAAUGAAAAAGGAAAAUAUUCCAAGUAAAACUCUCUCUCUCUCUCUCUCUCUCUCUCUCUCUCUCCUCUCUCCCUGCUCUCUCAGUCAAACCUGCUACAAAACUGACCACAUCAAUAAGUAGUUUAAACCUAUUCGAUGAGAUCCUGAUUGAAGAAGGAACAGCAAAGGAAGCUACUUACAAUGAUGUAUGUAUUUUGAAUCAAUGAUAUGUUGGUGAAAUGUGAUGAAGUUAGUUAGCAAGUUAGUUAGCAAGGUGUGUGUUUUAAAUUCAUCAGUUCAGCACAUUUUAGUACACUAUGUACUAUCAAAACAUUUUAAAAUCCCCAAACACCCACUUUACUGAGCAGUCUCAAUUUAUUGAAAAAUUCGACAUGUGCAUCAGGAAAUCUGUGAUCAGUCAUGACACAGACAUUUUGUAAAUGCAUGUUUGGAAGGUUUUCCUGUUUGUGAGGGAAAUUUUAUUUACUAUUAUUUUAAUGUAAUGACUUUUCUUGCAUAUUUUAACAAAGCUGGAUUAUUAUUAUUACCCAAAGAAAAUUAGGCUCACUUAAUACUGUCUUUAAUACAAAUGUGAAUAAUCCUGUUUCAACAGUUGCAGGCUGAACAUGAGAAAUGUCAGCAACAACUUCAAGAGUUGACAAGGAGGUUUCAGCAAAUACAAGAACAGGUAAAGCAGCAUUAAGUGGUAAUUUAUCCAUUUUGUAUCCUGUAACUGAAAGCGUUCUAGAAAUUUCAUAUACAUCUUCCAAUUUGUAUUGGUUUGCUGUUUUGAGGUAUUAGUUGUGAGUGUAUCUUGUUUUUUAAAUAAAACAAAAUAAUAAAAUAAGAAACAGCAACCACAAUAGUAAUAUUUUAAAUUAGUGAGGCUGUGCAGGGCAGCUCUGUCUCUGUAAGGACUAUUAGUAUCGUAAACGUAUUUUGCUUUGAUGCUUAUUGAAAAUAGUGCUUUUUGUAUGAGGUUGCAGCACAAAGUCGGUAGGGCAUUUUGAAAGUUCUUUGUGAAAGUUAACUGUGAUUCAUUUAAAUGAGAUUUUUUCCUAAACCGUUAUUGGUGUUUUCCUUCUCUCCCCCAAUAUAUGCAGAUACAAGUUCAUAACAUGUAUAUGUCUCUGUGUUCUUUUAAAAUUAGAACUCUGCUCUGCAAAAUGAAAACCAGUCUCUUAAAAAGAAUAUUUCCGCUCUUCUAAAAACAGCUAGAGUGGAAAUUAAUCGCAAGGAUGAAGAAAUUAAUAGUCUCCAGCGAAGGUAUGCUUUUUUCAGGAAUGUCCUCUAUUGUCCAAAUAUUUAGAAGAAAAAGAAACAAGACACAUUUGAAACUAAAAAGUAGAAGAUGUUUUCUAAGCCUAUCUUUUUUGUAGUUAAAUUUAACAGACACAUAAACGUUAACUUGCUAGAUAUCAGAUACUCAUCUUCUGAAAAAAAAAUUCUGCUAAAAUUUGAAGUGUUUCUUGAAAAAGGUUACCCACACAUUAUGUUCAUAGCUUCAUGCUUGCUAGCAUAACUAGUGCACAAAGAUGUGGAAUGUUUUCAUUCUGUCCGGUAUUUGGCCGGUGAUGGUGCUAAGGUCUUGUGGUUCAGUUGGGUGUUCAUUUCAGUGGUGAUCAGGGAAAGUGUAUUUUGUUUUUAAGCUGACUACUGUGGAUGAGGGACGCGGGUGGCACUGUGGUCUAAACCACUAAGCCUAGGGCUUGCCAAUCAGAAGGUCAGCGGUUCGACUCCCCGCAACGGGGUGAGCUCCCAUUGCUCAGUCCCAUCUCCUGCCAACUUAGCAGUUUGGAAGCACAUAAAAAUGCAAAUAGAUAAAUAGGUACUGCUCCGGCGGGAAGGUAAACAGCAUUUCGGUGCGCUGCUCUGGUUUCGCCAGAAAUGGCUUAGUCAUGCUGGCCACAUGACCCGGAAAAACUGUCUGCGGACAAACACCGGCUCCCUCAGCCAGUAAAGCGAGAUGAGCGCCGCAACCCCAGAGUUGUUUGUGACUGGACUUAACUGUCAGGAGUCCUUUGCCUUUACCAUUUUACUGUGGAUGGACACUUUUAAUGUGUUGUACUGUUUUGAAGUGUGUUUUGAGGUAUCUGCAUUAGCAUGUACUUAGGAAGUUGCUUUGAGACUUGUUUCUUUUUUAAGGAAGAUACAAGCAAAUUAAAUGAUGUUCAGUUCUCAUUCUAUCUUAAUUUUAAAAGCUGAAAGGACCAGACUGGCUUCAACAAAGCCCCAAGCCAUCAACAUUUGUAAACAAAUCAUUGCAACUGAAGCAUAUCAUUUUCAUCUCAUGCCAAUAACAUUGGCACCAGGCAAGGAUCCCUGGGAACAGCACUCCUGAAACUGGGCUGCCCUGAGUAAAGCAUGUGUUGGGUGAUUGGGACCAGUUUAACCAGAGAGGCUAUGAGUUAAGGCUCUCUUUUUCUGCCUAUUUUGGUUCUGGUAUGUUACUAUAUUAGGAAGUGGGGGGGGGGAGAAAACAUUAAAUGGGGACUGUCAUUUCAAAAGGGAACGACAGCUCAUUAGAAGAGCUCUCAACUGAUUUGGACAAAUCCUAUGGGACCCUGACUCUCAAAAUUACUGGGAGAAAAGCAGGGUUUGUGCAGGUUCUGUUGCUAUGCCUGCUGAGGGAAGGGUGCUUAAGCCUGAUUAUAUAUUUGUCAGACAUGGACUGCUAAAUUAUUGCUUUGGGCACGAUUCUUCAAUUAAUGAGUGAACUUUUAAGCAAGAGUAUUGUAACAGUAAGAAAUGUGUGUUGCUCUCCCAAAGAGUUAGCUGUCUGCUGUCAGUGUAAGCAGAGAUGCAACGUUGCCCCCUACCUUUCUUGAUUCUAGCCUGCUGAGAGCAGCAGAGUGAAAUGUGUGGGGUGAGAAUAUUCCUGAAGCGUGUGGUUGAGGACAUGCUUUGAACAGGCUUUAUAGCACCAAUGGUAAUUCCUACAGUGAUAUCCUUUCUGUUUGUUUGUAUAAAUCCUAAAUAGAAGGUCCCCAUCCAAACUGGUUAAUCUUAACUAUGCUUUGUUGAUACAAGCCAACUUCAUAAAGAAUGCCAUUGUGUGGACCUUUUCUUCCUUUAAAAGUAAAAGGAAGAUUAAAUAUUUAUUUAACACUUUUAAAGGCUUAUUCUGGCUUGUCUCACCACGGCAUUUAGAUUUUAGUAGAAUUUGGAGUUUGCUUAAAUCUGAAAUAUCUUUUGAAAUGUAGUAUAGUAAUACAAUCUCUUUCUAAACAGGUUAACAGACUUUCAAGUUCAUCCGAAUAGAACAUACUUCCCAGCAUCAACUAAUAAUGCAAGAAACUUUGAGGGAUCAAAACUGAAAAAUAAAUUCAGAGAUUUAGUUCCAGAGAACAAUUCAAGAACCGAUUCUAGAACUACCCAAGCCCUGCCUAAGGACAAACCUUGCGGUUAUCCACCUUGGGGUACAGAAAAUAAGAAAUUGCCUCCAGAAAAAGGAGACACUCUGUACGUAUCUCAAUCUCAUCCUGAACAGCUUUGCAGAGAUGGUACUCAUGUAAGGCUUGCAAGUGUUGACAGCUCUUAUGACAAAGAAAAAGGAAAAAAAGAAACGAAACAUAAUGAGCAUCAUAGCAGUGAGAAUAACAACAGAUACAAAACAAAAGCACACCAAAAUCUGGGCAGCACACUAGAGGGAAAGUUGGAUCCUCAUGGAAGGUUGGAAGUUAAUCCAGACAAAACAGAAAAAAAUGGACUAUGGAAAGACAAAAGGGACUUGAAGCUCAAAAGCAGCCCACAUGCAGAAAAAAGAACUGGUAAGGUCCCUUCUGCUAGGGAGAAACAACCAACUCCUAAAGACACAUCACUGUCAAAACCAGAACACUCCAGCAGUGACAGGAGUGAAAAGUCACAAAACAAAAAUCAGAAGGACCUGAAACUGAGAAACAAAGAGGAAAGCAACAAUGGACAAAAAAACAGGCAAUCUGACAGCUAUCUAGAACAACAAAGAACUGGCAAGGUUAGUAGUCCCCCUGAAUGGAAUAAAAUUGCCAGAAGCCCUAAAAAAUUAAGCAAAAGCUAUGUGAAAGACAGAAAGAGAAAACAUAGUGAUUGCAGGAGGAACAAAGAAGCAAGCGGUCCUGUGCCCUGUGGAGGGAAACCUUCACCACCACCACCACCUCCUCCUGUUUUAAACAAAGAGCCGAAACAUGGCCACCCUAAAGAGGAUAGCAGUAAAAGUGAAUCUGAACACACGCGUUCAAAAUCGGGCAGACAUAGAACUGAAGAGAAAAGGAAAAAUGAGAGAGAUGAUUCUAAUGAGGCCAGGACUUCUCAAAAUGAAAAAAGAGAAUCAAAGGAACCAUCCCUCCAAACAGGAAAAGGAGCCAUGAAAAUUAAAGAUAGUGCAAAAAGGGAGAAAAAGAAGUCCUUUCAAUCAGUAGAGACUGCCAAGGUAGUUGAAGGCUUGGAGGAGCAGGUGCCUAUAAAAGUUAGAAGGGAGGAGGAGCAGUCGAAAAGCAAAGACUUAAAACUGAGCUUUAUGCAGACACUAAAUUUAACCCUUUCUCCUGCUAAGAAGCAAACAGACAAAUGCAAAGCAGUGGCAACGUCUACCAAUAAAUGUGGUACAGAAAUUCCAGGUCAGGAAGUCAUGUUGGUACCAGCUGAGGCUAUUGGUGCUAAUGCCAUUAAGCAAACACAAACACCACUAUCACCAAUCUGUGACAAUCCUGUUCAGACCAAAUCGGAACAAGUAAUGCCUCUUUCUGAGGUCAAAACGAAGGUGGGAAAUGAGCUGCCAAAAACUCUAAACACAAAGCCUUUGAAGACAACCUCAGACCCACAAGAUAUAGCAGCGCAGUGGGCGCCGGAGGAUGUGAAGCUCCUGCCUGAGGCAAAAACUGGGAUGGGAGAAGCUGAUGGAGUUGAUAAGAUGCAUGUGGCUUCUGGUUUAGAAAGCCCCUUGGAUCAAGACACACUUCCCGAUAACUCUUUCAAUGAUGUGGAGACUAUAAGUUCUGUGGAUUUUGAUUCUUUUAGUGUAAUAGAUGAGAUCAGUGGGACAGAUUCAGACUCACUGAUGGACGAGAAGGAGUCCAGUAAUUGGACAGGUGAAAAUGUCUUGGAGGGUCCUGAAAAAGAGAACAAGCCUAUGCCUCAUAAAGCUACUGUGGAAGAAGGCAAAAUACUGAGUGGUGGUCACUUGGAGCCAAGCUUUCCUGACCGUAACCAUGAAAACCACUUGGAAACAUUAUACAAUGAAGGGUUGAAACCUACAUCUCCAGCAAGAGAAAUAAGCACAGUUUCUGUUGAUGAUGAUAACUCUAUUCUGAGCAUUGAUCUCAAUCAUAUGAGGAAUAUUCCAAAAGCAAUCAGCCCACUUAAUAGUCCAAUGCGACCUUUGGCUAAAGUACCCCGAAUGGAAAGCCCUUACAAAGGACCUGUGAAAAGCUAUAAUACAGGUAUAUGUUUAAUAUGCUCUGCUUGUUACAUGAUUUUUAUUUGAAUGAGGAACACAUUAAGCAUUCACACGUAUACCGAUGCUAAACAUAAGUGAGUUGCAAUUAAGUUCUGUUUGUUUUCAGUAGAACUUACUGCACAACUUGUAGGCAAGCGUGCUUCAUCUGUGCAGUGCAAUCCUGUACAUAUCUUCCCCAUUGAGUUCAGUGGAGCUUUCUCUUUAGUAAGUGUUCUUAGCGUGUAGGAAUUUACGACUGUGAUCCCAUACACACUUGAAUGGGAGUACUAAAUGCAACUUCUGAGCAUCACACAAGAUCAUACUGCACAGCUGCAAUUCACAGGCAUUUUUUCUCAAGUUAGGUAACGAAGCUGCCUUAUAUUGAGGCUUUGCCCAUCUAGUUCAGUAUUGUCCACGUUGAGUGGCCGUGGCUUUACAAGAUUUCAGACAAGAGUCUCUCCCAGCCUUACCUAGAGAUGCCAGGGAUUGAACUUCAGACCUUCUGUGUUCAAAGCAAAUAUUCUGACACUGGGCUACUGACUGUCCUGUUUAAAUUCAGUGGGGAGUAAGACUUAGCUUUCAGUCUGCUAGCUCUGAGGGAGAUAUUUAUUCAAACUGAUUACAUAGGAGGAAACUGUUUAAGGCAGUAGUGGCAAACCCAUGACCUCUGAUGCUGCUGGACUACAGCUUCCAUCAACCCUGGGGCGUUGGGGUCCAACAGCAUCUAAAGGGUUUCCCCACUCUUGAAAAUUAGAAUUGCAAGCCACGUUAAGCUACAGAGUGUAACCCACAUUCUGGCAGAACUCUUUGCACAGUUUCUUAUCCACUAGUUUUGGAGGCAGUAUUAAUUAAAAGUGCCUUUGGGCUUAAUCUUGCAAUUUCAAGAUAAAUUGCCAUGGAACUUGAUAUAUAAAAACUGUUUCCAUGCUGAAUUUUUUUUUUAAACCUAGCUCUUCUUCCAAAAGCUGCCUGUCCUCUGCUAAAAUGCAUCGCCUAGAGCUACUGGCACUUCUAAACAAUUAUGUUCACUGUUCUAAACUAAAAUUGACUAUUAGAUUAUACUGUCAUUGGAAUUUGUUUUGAGGCUUGCUACUUUGGGCUGCUUAAUUAACAAAUUGUUUCAUUAUUUCUAGAUUUUGUUCCAGAAAAUGCAGUUGUCUAUCCUGGAAGGAACCAAUCCAGUGAACUGAACAAGGAAAACCAAAAGCCUCUUUGCUCAGAUCAUCAAAUCUUAGAGGAGUCUCAGCUAAGCAUGUCCUCAGAUGAAUUAGAAGAAGGUGAAAUUGUAAGUGACAAUGAUGAGCCUAAAAUAGAAGCCAGCUCUGAAAAUAGUAAAAAAACAAGAAGAAAAGCAUCUCCAGAUAGAUCUAAUUUGGCCAAGAGUACUUGCAACCACAAGGUCAGGACAACAUCUUCCAGAGAAGAUACAGGAAAAUUGUCUUCUGGGGGAAAAAAUAAAGAAAAUCCCAAAGAUGGAACUAUAAUGCGCUCCAAUGAAGUAAAGAAAAUUAAAACUGUGAGCUUUGACAGUCUUGAAAAAAUAGUUCAAAUUAUUGUUGUACCUUCUACAGUGCAUGAGUUCAUGCAGAUGCUGAAAGCUAUAAGAAAGCAAGUACGGAAAAGCUACAUGAAGUUUAAGAUACAAUUUCCAGUACAGCAUUUUCAUAGGAUCAUAGAUUCAGCUAUUUUGAACUUUACAUCUCUGGUAAAAUACCUUGACUUCUCUAAAAUGUCUAAAUCUAGUGAGGCUUUAAAGCUGAACCUCUGUGAAGUUAUAGAAUAUAAACUUAAUCGGAUCAAAGAGAAUAGUGCAAUAGAGCAUCUCUUUGAACAGCAGCAAUCCGAUAUGAAGAAAAAGUUGUGGAAACUUGUGGACGAGCAGCUUGACUACUUAUUUGAUAAAAUAAAAAAAAUUAUUCUAAAGCUAUGUACCUUGGUAAGCUUUGGAAAUGAAAGCGAUGAAGGUAAGCUUGAUAAAAGAAAGAAAGAAAGCCCCAAAUGCCUUAUAAAUCAUAAAAAUAAAAUUGACAGACAGAAAUCAAAGAAACCAGCCUUAAAUGCUAGAAUGCAAAGGCCUGAAGAAUGUGCCCCAUCAAAACCAGUAGCAGGUAACCAGCUAUUGAAGCGAGGUCACCAUAACACAAACAAAAUGAGUACACAGAAAAAUGUGACAGCAAAAUGUAGAAGUUCCCAUACUGUUAACCCAAAACAUUCUCGGACUGAAGCUGAACCUUUCAAGGAAAGCUCCAUGUCAGACACUUCUUUGAACGGUGGAAAAAAUGAAAAUGAAAGAUUGCAUAUGAUUGGAGACUCUCACAAGCCUGAUAUUAGCUGUGGACCUCUCACAGAACAGCAGAUGUCUGGCCUGACAUUCAACCUGGUGAAUGACGCUCAAAUGGGUGAAAUGUUCAAAAGUUUGUUACAAGGCUCUGACCUUUCAGAAAAAAAUGGUGACUUUAUCAAUGACAAUCAGUGGGAGUUCAGGACACCAGAAAAACACACCCAAGAUGGCCAGAACUGUGUGAAUGAGCCUCCAUAUGAGACCGAAGAGCAGAUUCCAAGAGAGACUGAAGUUGAGUCAAGAGUACUAGAUGGAAUUAAAUGGCCUAUAGUUUCACCUGAAAGAGAUUCAGCUUUUUUAGCUAGGCUGCAGAUGCCAAUUGAUCCAGAUAUUCUUGAUGAAAGCUGUAUGUUUGAAAUUCCUAGUAGUCCUGCUUUGAAGAAAGGUGAGGAGUGCAUUUCAGAGAAACCAAAAUCACUUGUCUCUUCUAUUCUUCUGGAAGACCUAGCUGUGUCGUUGACUAUUCCCUCCCCUUUGAAGUCAGAUGCUCAUCUUAGCUUCUUGAAACCUGACAUGUAUGGCUCAGUUCCUGAGGAUGUUCUGAGCGCACACUUCAGUGAAGAUGCCCAUCUCGAAGAGGAGGAUGCUUCUGAACAGGACAUCCAUUUGGCUUUGGAAUCUGAUAAUUCAAGCAGCAAAUCAAGCUGUUCUUCAUCAUGGGCAAGUAUACCUCCUGCUCCUGGAUUUCAGUAUUGCCCAAGCCUUCCAAUGCAGGCAGUAAUAAUGGAGAAAUCAAAUGACCACUUUAUUGUUAAAAUAAGGCGUGCCGCACCAUCUACCUCACCAGUCCUUGAACAGCCUACUCUAGCAAAUGAACCACUGACCUCUUCUAGUGGGGCAGGAAACAAGGAAAUAGUGUUGGAAGAAAAAUUAGAUACUUUGGACCUCAAAAGCAUUCCUUUGGAAGAUACAGCAACAUCUAAGGAAAAUUUAAAGAUUAUUGACUCUGAGGGUAAGCUGAAUGAUGUUGGAGAGAGACAAGUUACUCAUUUGCUGGGGUCUGAGAAGGAGCCACCUCUGUGCCUUGCAAACGAUCAGGUUCCUCAUCUUUCUGAACCCCAACAGGAACCUCAUUCUGAUGCCCCGAAUGAGGCACUUGAAUCUGUAGAGGACCUGUUCAGGAAUGCCAGAGAAGAACGACCUUGCAAUCUUGCAGCGUCUGAAUUGCUUCAGGAGCGAUAUACUAAUGCCAGUCAAACUCAAGGCCCUGAUUUACUUGGGCCCCAUCAGGUGUUGCACAGUGGUGCUGGCCCAGAAGAAGCCACUGAUUUGCAAGAGCCACCUAAAGAACCAGGGACAACUUUAGAAUCCUUGAUUAAAACUAGCCAGCAUGAGGACACACCUGAAGUGUUUACACUACCUCAGGCACACACCGUGAAAGUUUUUCAAAAAAGAGAUGCAUCUUGUGCUGAAUUAGAACAUUCUCCAAUUAGCUGUGCAGCAGUUUCCCUUGUAGAAAAGUUGUCUUCUGAGACCCAUUUUGAUAUAUGUGUAGACUUGACUGAUGAGACUCCCAUAGAAAAUGAAGUUGAUUCAUGGGAUCUUACAGUGGAACGUGCUUCAAAUGCUAGAAUGGGAGGCUUAUGUAAAGAUAAAGAGGAGGAGAAGACAGUGAACCACCAUGUAGCAGAUGAUCAUCCAAAGCAUGAUGUUGAAGCAGUUGUAAAUUUGACAGAGCAUCCGCCUGACAAGUGUACAGCAGAUGAGAAUUUUGAAACAGGUACUACUCUAAAUACUAGUGGCCUGGGAUGUGAAACAAAAGAAAGGAAAAAAAGAAAAAAAGAGACAGAAGAUACAUCCAACGCAAAAAGACAAAGAAAGGAGAGUAGUGAAUUGGCUUGUAAAAAAAACAGCAAAAGGUCUAAAGAGAUUACUUCAGUGACCACAGACACAUCCAGUAAUAAAACUGCAUCAGUCGGAGACAAAGAUUCUUUACCAUCAACAUCCUCCCUGACACCCUCAAGUCUGUGUGCCAAAAACAUCAUUAAGAAAAAAGGGGAAGUUGUGAUUUCUUGGACAAGGUAAGAAUACAAAACCAAAACCAAAAACCGAAUCAAUGGGAUGAAUAAGGGAGGUCUGGAAGUGUAUAACAGUUGGAGAUAGAGUGAUACAUUUCUGCAUUCUGUGGCAUGGGCAUUAUUACCCUAGCAAACAUUUUUUCUUGGUUGUACGUUCAGCUUUGUUGACCUGUCUCUUGAAUCAGGAAAGGCAAAUAUGUAGUCUUAUUUUUACAUUGCAGUUGAAACUAGGUUUUCUGAACUGGAAGGUAGGGACAAUAAAUUGAUUGAGAGGGGGAAACUUGGAAGCCCAAGUGAGCACCUGGUGGGUUGAAUUGUGGCCUCUUGUCUUGACAGGGUUCAUUGUAUUGUGUAUACUUUCUUUGUGGAAAAUGUCUGCAUUUAGCAGUAAAUCAUGAAGCCUAAUAUAGUCCCAAAUGGAAAUACUUGCUUUAUUUCCAUUUGCUUCAUUGAGCAAUGGUGCAAAGUAAUUAGAAAGUAUAAGCUUUUACUUUGUUUUACAAAUAUUUUUUCAUAUCUGAAUGAAACCCAAAGGCAACCAUUCAAUCUGUUUUGGGUUUUUUGUGGGGUUUUUUUUUUUUUGAGAGAGAGAGAAAACCUGACCUCAAAGCCAUUGAACAGAGUUUUUAAUGUCUGAUGUUUUCGCUGUAUUCUGUUACAUUUUGUUAGAAGCUGCCCCAAGUGGCUGGGGCAAGUCAGUCAGAUGGGAGGGGUACAAGUAAUAAAUUGUUGUUGUUGUUGUUGUUAAUUAUUAUUAUUAUAAGGUGAUCAUCACUGUUCCGAAGAAGCUUCAGAAUGGCGUGAACAUAAUGGGUAUCAUCUAGUUUAUAAGGGAGGGUUUGGGCAAUUGCUAUUAGCCUUCAGAAUUCUGUUUGUCUUCAUUAACAGACUUUUAAGAACUUAUUUCGAGUUACAACAUUGCGUGUGUGAAGUGCAAUAGACAUAGAUAGACUUAGUUCAAAACAGUGUUCAGAUGUUGAAGUUACCCUUGUAUGUUUAUUAUAGAAAUGAUGACCGGGAGAUUCUAUUGGAAUGUCAGAAGAAAGGACCUUCAGGAAAAACAUUUGCUUCUGUUGCUGUCAGGUUAAAUAAAAGUCCAGCUCAGGUACGUAUUUUGGUAAGCAAUUGUGUUUGAACCUCCCUCGCACACAAGUGUAACUGUGUUUCUGUCUGGUUGAGCAGUGCAUAUCUUCAGAAAUAUAACCCCAUGACACUCUACUGAAUUCAUUAACAUUUCUUAGGAGAAAAAAUGUAUCAGAAAAGAUGUGUCAAAAUUCAGAUUGUUCUACAGACUAAAGAAAUGAUUGGUAGAAAGGAAGUUAAUUUUUAAAAUAUAUUUAUAUGAAAAGUAAUAUUACACCCAUAUAGGCUUUACAUGUAAUUUUAUUUGAUCUUAUAUAACCCUUUGGGUAUAUACCAUGCCAUAAAAGAUAUACAUAAAGUCUGAAGUGGGGGCAGGGACUUGUUUAUUCUGAGGUGGCAGUCUUACUAAUGAUGCUGCAUGUGGAUAUGCAAUAUUCAUACACAAGACAGGAAUCAAUAGAUUUAUACCUCUGGUGCCUUUAUACUGUGGAAAUCCUUUUUUAUGAAAGCCUACAUAACCCACUUUAGUCUGUUCAAGAUGAGGGAAUGUUCACAUCUACAUAUACUGAGGCCAUUCAAUACAUAAUGUUGCUUCUCCAUAUUGGCAAGGGUGUCCUACCUGAAGUAUGCACGUGAGCUGAGCAAUCGCUGAAAAGGCUGGCAGCAUUUCCAUGAUUGUAGUUGCACUUUUCAGUAAUCAGAACUGGUGGGAUAUGUUCAUGUUCAUAUCAGCACAUGUGUGAGAAAAAAAGCAUACUUUAUUUUUAGGGAAAUAACUUUUAGACUCUUUGCUUUCUCUCCACAGGUUGAAGAAAGAUUCAAGCAGUUGCUGAAACUAUUCAAGAUGUCAAACUGCAGCUAGUGGCUAUACUAUUGCUACUAAGAAUGGACUGCUAUGAGUUUAUGUGCACUGUGUGCAUGUGUGUGUGUGUGUGUGUGUGUGAGAGAGAGAGAGAGAGAGAGAGAGAGAGAGAGAGAGAGAGAGAAAUGGGACAUGUAAUCAAAGUCAGAAUAACUGUUUGUUGCUUCUCCAUUUAGGUAGACUUAAAAUGCACCUUUUAUGCCCACAGAUUUCAUAAUAAUGCCCUGCUUUCUCAAUUUUUUUUGAAGGUAUCAAACAGAUCUGUUAGACCUGUUAGUGUCCUUGAGCAGCCUUGCAUAUUAGAGAGCACAGAGGAAACAGGAAGUGCAUACAACCUGUCUUUCCUGUUACCUGAAUUGCCUAGAGUGAAACUUUCAUAUCUCUCCUUAGACGUUUCAUUUGGGAUUAUAAAGAACAGUUAGGGGAAGUUGAAGUGCAAGACACUAUAGUACUUCUCGUUCCUCUGCAUUCCACUGUGUCUGAAGCCAUUAUUUUAUUAAAACUUUGGGGACAGCAGAUGAUCAAUUCCUAGCACAUGGGAAGUUGAAUUCUUUGAGCUGAAACACCUCAUGCUAUUGAUUUAAAAACAGACGGCGAACCUGUUGCCUUCCAGAAGUUGUUGGAUUCCCAACUUCCAUCAGCCCUUACCAUUCUGGUCAAUAGUCAGGACGAUGUGCAUUGUAGUCCAACAAUAUCUGGAGGGCCAUAGAUUCCCCACCCUGAUUUAGAAUGUCACAGAGAAAUGUUGACCACUAGAAAACACAAGAGGGUUGGUUGUUAAACAACAGACUCCUCUUUUCUCUCUGUUUUCAGAAAGCACAAACACAGAUUGUGAAACUUUGCAGUAUAUUACCCAAUGGCAUUUGUUCAAAGAUGUACUGUACAUACACUCCUUAUUAUAGAUCAUACAAAGUUAGCAAAUUUUGGCAGGAAUACAUCAGUAUUUGCAAGUGUUUCCUCAGAUGAGCCAACACAAUGGCAGCAUUAGAAAUAAUGCUAAACCAUGAAAUAGGGCUUGUUUAACCGUACUGUGCACACAACUCAAGCUUUCCUGCUUCACUCUUCCAUUAGUUCACCUGGGAAGCAAACCACAGGGCUCCUGGCUUAGCAUUAUGUCCCAACCAGUGCUUAUGGUUUUCCCAUCACAAUAAACCAUAGUCUGAAGCCAAAGUUUCUUUUUGCCUUCCCAGUCAUGGUUUGGAGAAAAGAAACCAGAAGUGCUGCUAAGCCAGCCACUCCGUUUUUGUUCACCAAUUUUACUAAUGGGCGAUGAGUGUGAUUAGAGAAGCCAUAAUUUGUGGCUUAGCAUUGCAGCCAAGCAGAGCAAUUAUUUGGAACCUGUAUGCACAAUUAUUUGUAUUUAAAAAGCCAACUUUUGCAAUUAAACUACAAUUGCCAUUUCGUGUUAGCUUAAAAGUAUUGCUUCCCUUUACAACAUACUUUCAACAUUUUAUGAACUAAGUGUAGAAUCCGAAUAUGUAAAUUCAAAGGUGCUUAAAUUAAGAGGUUCAAAAUUUUAAUUGCAGGUAAUCUAGAGAAAUUGAUAGACACCUCUGCCCUAAUAAGUCCUAACCUUUAGAGAAGUGAGGGUCUUGUUUUGGCAGCUAUUUCUGCUGAACAUGUGCACAGCAGGAAAAGCCCUAAGUGGCUCCCCAGCCUUUUAUUUCAGAAAGAAAACAAUCUUAUAAAAAGGUGAAAACUCAUUUCUUAAAGUCACUUACUGCCGUUCUGAUCUGGAUAUGUGUGUUUGUGUGUGUAAAUAUUAGAGUUUAAACGAGACACUUCUGUAAAUACCUGUACAGAUUCUCUAAUGUGUAAAAUAUUGUUCUUUACCUGAACAUUUUUGAUUACAUAAAACAAGUUUUAUUUUGUAUCUACUAAAUACUGCACACCAUUAAAACCCCAAACUUUGUAAAAUGAAUGCAC